AUGAACCGACCGGCCGCCACGCGGCGGGAAAUCGCGCCGCUGCACGUGCCGUGGCUGCAGCACGAGCAGUUCCCAGCCACGAAGCAGGCCUGCAGCUCGGACGACGGACUCGUUACGAGCGGCAAGCACUCGCUCAUCAAGGUCGUCCAGGAGCUCAAGCGAGGUCGCGCCAAUGUGGACAAGCAGUUGGGUCAGCUGGACAGUCAGCUGCUGGCCAUCACGGACUAUUUGGACGGUAAGAGUGCCAACAUGUUCCCGCCCCACUUGAUCACGUACGUGGAGGAUACGCAAGGUGGGGUCCCUGGGCAGUCUACUGCUGGGGUCGAUGGACGGAGACAUGGUGCUGCAGUGGCGGGCAAGUUUAAUGGCAUUGUGAAGAACGAGUCGACACCACCGACGCCGGCGAUGGUGGAGGACGACCUUAAUUCGGAUGCACCGUGCACGUCGAUUGGGCUGUGGAAGUAUUUGUAUGCGUACUCGUUCUUCAAGACGAUUACACCGGAAGAUAUGGAGCAGGCAUUGCUGCUAGAAGACAAGGUAAUAUCUGGCCUCGACUUCAAGCGACUUCAGGAUAAUUUCAGUUUGAGCAAGUCUAGCCCACAGGAUCUGGACGACUUUUUCAAGGAGGUAAGC